UCUGAAUCGUCAGCGUGAAGUUUGAGUUUGAAUUUCAUUCAGUUUCGGAAAUACAUGGAAAUUACUGCAACUGUUACGGAAUAUGAAACAAGGAUCUGCAAGUUGCCUGUGAAAAAUCUCCCCGAGUGUGUGCACACACAACCCCUCUUAAAAAUCCACAAAAAUCUGGUAGAAGGCUUUAGCACUGUUGAGCCAUGUGUUCCAAAGCAUUGCUGCUCCUGGCCGCCAUUCUAGCUGCUCGCUGUUUUGGCAGCGGCUCUUCCAGACGAACGCUCGCAUUGGCCUGCGAUGAGGCGAUGGAAUCGACGCCGGGGCUCAAAAACAAUAGAUAUAGCUACAGGAGCACUACCGACAACAGCAACAGCAAUAACAACAACAACGGGGAUUACAACUACAAGUGGGAGCUGGGGGAUGUGGAUCCGAAUGUGGAUGUUGAUGGCAUUGCAGAUAGCAACGAGGACGACAACAAUGACAACUAUAACUACAACAAAGCAUCGGCCAAAUGGCAGCAGCAGCAAAAACUCUACGGAAAUCCCAUCCACAGCAUAUACGACAGGCAGCAACAUCUACAACAGCAGCAGCAACACGAGCAACAGCAACAGCAACAGCAACAGCAGCAACAGCAGCAACAGCAACUUGAACUACAGCAACAGGGACUGUUUGAUGAUGAUCCAGAGAAUGCUCGCAAUGACUUCCGUCUGCAAUUGUCCGACAUAAAUGCGGCCGUUCAAGGUGUGGGCAGGUUUGCCGUUGCCCAGGAACAGGACCAAAACCAGGACAACAGCAAUAGCAAUGGCAACACCAACAGCAACAGCAACAGGGAGGACAACAGCAACAUCAACUGGCUGCCGCCAUCGGAGCAGGAGCAAUUGUUGCUGGCGCGUCGCAGUCGCAGCAGCAACAUCAACCCAAGGGCAGCCAUGGAUGAAACAGGAGCAGGAGAACCAGGUCAGCCGGAGUACACCGACAAUAAGUUGCCAACUGGCGUUCCCGACGACGUGGACAUUGAGGGCGAGGAGGAUUACGCGGGCCAGGAGGAGUACGCCGACGAGCUGAAUGGCAACCUGCCCUACGGGAUCCAGAAUGUGCGCAAGCGCCGCGUUCGGAGUGUGAUGCCUCCGGUUCCAUUUCCCAGCACAGAUGGGGUAGUCACCUAUCAGUCGCUGUGCCCCACGAACCGCGUGACCGUGAAGCUGGAGAGUGGCGACUACCGACCCAACCACUACGUGGAGGUGACCUGUGCCCACAGCUACUCACCGCAGCCCUCGAGGAGCCACAACUACGAGUACGGUUACAGGGGCAAUGAACUGCUCCGUGCCCUGCUCUCCGAGCGAGGCGAAAAGCGAGAGAUCUGCUCGGCAACGGGCUUCUCGUGCAUCCAGCUCAACCGCACCAUACACCUGAUUCGGCUGAACGAUGCCUCCGGCUGCUGGGAAUCGGAGACGCGGACCGUGCCCUCCGGCUGUGAGUGCAUGUGGCCGAAGCACAGCUACGGCGACAUAGCCUUCUACCACCAGGCGCAGAAGAGGCGGGGCGGCGUGACCGGGUUGCGACCCCAUGCCCCCAUCAAUGUGGAUUACAAGCCGGGAGUGGGCUACCGUCAGCUAACCCUGCGGACAAGGAAUCCUCAGCCAGCCCAACGCAGUCGACGCGAGGACUUGGGCUACGAGAGCUACGAGUUCAACUAGUUCACCUAGUGAAGUAUGAACUUCAGAGCUGUUUUUUGAUGGUUUAGCAACUAAGAUUGAUCCGCAUAAAUUAUUUUUCGCUUUAGCUUAGCAUUUAGUCAAGAGAGAGAGCCCUCAG